AUGUUUUUGACGAAACUAACCAAUCGAACGCUUAAUGAUGGUACCUCAUUAGUUUACGAAUGUGACGUCAUCGGAACACCAGAACCUAAAAUCAUGUGGACCCGAAAUGGAUCUUCGAUUCCAGAUUAUGUGAAUUAUUGCUCAUCUUAUGAUGGACGUUUGGCUAAGUUGGAAAUUCCAGUUGUGACAAUUAAAGACUCUGGGAGAUAUGAAAUUGUGGCUGAGAAUUCUUGUGGGCGUAUAUCUAUGGAUUCUAUUUUAACUGUGCAAGGUGUGUAUCACUUUAUUUCUCUUAUUCAAUAG